AUGGCUCCCAACCGACAAUCAGCGCCAUGGAUGGACGGCGCCUCGCCUCCAUGUCACAUCCUCAGACUCCCCAACGAGGUCUUGCACACCAUCUUGAAAAUGACCCUCGAGCACGACCUCACCUUCUACCACAACCAGACAGACAUCGCAUGGAGCACCUUGUCGAUCGGCUAUGCACUGGACACCGAUCGCCUGCUUCUCGAGGCAGAGGACCCAGGAAAAUGGUCAGAGCGCAGCGCGUCCACGAUCCUCAAGGCCCUGAAAAGCCGGCCAGGCCGAUGCCAUGCGGUCAAAAGAGUCAUCUUCUACCACGCCUUAGGGUUUAUGGUCCGCCAGAGCCCUCACAGCCUUCCUCUCACUGGCGAGGAGGAUGAGUUUGCAAAGCCCGUGAACCCGAAAAACAUUGAAGCUCAUGUCCGGGACUGGCCUGUGACCAAGCUGACGCUUGAGGGAGGCAUGACAAUGUAUGGAAAGUCGUACGCCUCCAUGAGAAAGUCUGCUGCGUCGCUUCUAGCGCUGCCUUCGAAUCUGGAUGAGGACAAGUUGUACAUGAGAAACCUUGACAAGCUCAUCGUGAGGGGAUUUCAAGUUGCUGCCUCGCUGGGCCACAUAUAUCCCCCGGCUGAGAUGAAGGUGAAGGCUUCGACGCCAGUGUCGGGGGAUUUCCUCCGCCAGUGCACGAACAUCAAGGUCCUCAGGCUGAUCGUCCAAGACGGACGGUCGCCGUUCUCGGGCAACGUGGCCGGUCUUGGGGUCCAUUCCAACCGCGACCUGGCCGAGUCCCUCGAGCAUAUCUAUCUGCCCGGCGAAAACGUUCAUCGCACAUUCAUCUCCGUGAAUGGCUUCACCCUCUGGAAUUUCUCGCGACUCAGAAUACUCACCCUGUCGCCGUACUUUAUCCUGCUCACAUCGAAGUACGUGAUCUGUUGUGGCGAUCAAUUUGCCAGCCCCCGUCUCGACGAGCUCGAGUUUGACUACUCAGGGAGCAUCUCAGGGACGUACGACGAGAUAGUCAUCGAAACUCUCAAAGAGAAAUCCGCCAUGCUCGUAGAGUCGUGCCGGAACGCAGUCGCCGUCUCGCUGCCGUCCAUGGCCCUGAAGAGAUAG